ACGGCUAGCUGGCUAGGAGCUGGAGUCGGAGUUAACGCUAAGUAAAGUCACACAACAUGGGGGGCAAAAAUAAACAAAGGACGAAAGGAAAUGUUCGGCCAUCCAGCAGUGGCAGAGCUGCCGAACUGUUAGCACGGGAAAGCGGAGUGGUCCCUGGGUUUGUUGGAUUUGGGAUUUCGGCCUCAAAAGAACCGGGAUACGUCCCUGCCGUCCACGGUGCCGAGGAAAUCGACAACCUGGUGGAUGCUGAUUUCCGUCUGGUUUUAAGGAAAUUGUCCAAGAGAGAUACAGUCACAAAAUUGAAGGCUGUACAAGAAUUCGGAGCUAUGUGUCAAGAGCGUGAUUCAGACACGGUCAAAGGGGUUCUUCCAUACUGGCCACGUAUAUAUUGCAAAAUAUCAAUGGAUCAUGACCGACGACUUCGAGAAGCCACGCAGCAGGCAUUCGAGCAGCUGAUUCUGAAAGUCAAGCGUAACCUUGCUCCAUACCUGAAGGGAAUAAUGGGUCACUGGCUCAUAGCACAGUGCGACACCCAUUCCCCCGCCGCCUCUGCUGCUAAUGUCGCCUUCCAGGCUGCCUUCCCCCAUAACAAACAGCCUGAGGCUCUCAGCUUCUGCAAAGAUGAAGUCUUGACCGUGCUCCAGGACAACCUGCUCAAGGAAACAGCCGACACACUAAGUGACCCACAGAGCAUACCGGAAGAGGAGCGCCAGGCAAAGUAUGUGCGUGUGCUGACCAGCUCGCUGCUGGCUCUCAAGAAACUGCUCAAGUCCUUAUCUGAGUCUGAUCGGGAGGCUCUCGGCCAGCAGCUCGCUUACAUCAUCUCACAAGGAAAAUUCUGGAAGUACAGCAAACACAACAUCCCACAGGUCAGAGGGGCGUUCUUUAAAGCGGUAGCUGCGAUGUGCGAACUUGUGCCUCAGCUUGUUCAAAACGAAGCAGCUCGAGCUUGUUCUACCGUACUCCUGAGUAUCGACGACUCGGAUCCUGUUGUGUUGCCGCCGCUGUGGGAAGCUGUUCUGCACGUUAUCUCCAGUAUACAGGAUUGUUGGUCUCAUGUAAAUGCCCGAAAAGGUGUUCUGCCCAAGCUUUGGGCUCUGUUGAGAGAAGGGGGACGGGGUCUGGCCACCUCCCUCCACCCCUACAUGCUUCCAUUGAUCAGCAAACUGCCCGCAGAGGUCACUGAGCCCAAACUCGAUUUCUGUAGCACAUUCCUCUCCUCUGUUACACAAGGUCUUUCCAGUGAGCGUGCAUUAGUCAGCCCAUCAGAAAGUGCAGCCAUUGUCUUUGCUACCAUGGAGUGCCUUCGUUUUCUGCUGCUACAGAAUGCGGGAGAGGAUCCAGAGCAGCGAGCCAUCCAGAACAUGCUCAUCUCAGACCAACUUCUCCCUUUGAUAGAAAAAGCUCUUGGAAGCCAAGCGUUGCAAGCCGGGCCUCUGUUCCCUCAGAUCACAGAGAUGCUGGUCUCAUGGGAGAAGCGUGCAGUGGGAAAUGAGGCCACCGCUUUCCUCAGACUUCUGGCAGAUUUCUGGGAUGGUUUAGGCCGCAUCUGUGUACGUUAUGUGGACCGUGAGGAGCAACAGGUUGAGCAGGUGGUGUUACAAGGCAUUGCCUCACUACUGCAGAUCAUGCAGAAUCCAGACAGCUACUGCACCAAACAAGGGAAGAGAAAGAAAGCUGUUAAGGUCUGCUUCUCUGAGGAGGAGGUGAAAGCGAAUGCAGAGGAAAACCUAAGCCAAACUCCAGAAGUGGAGACAUUACAGAGGCAGAAGAAGCAGCAGAAUUCUCCCCUGAGGAGCAGUCACCUGUUAGAGCUGGUCUGCCAGCUGGCUGAACUGAACAUGGUGUAUGUGAGUGAGCGUGAUUCAGAGAGGCACCUGCACUUCCUGGCUCUAUUGCUGCAGGCUUUCCCGAAGGCCGAAGUGUUCCAAGGGCUGCUGAAACCAGAUGAUGGGAAGACAGAGGCGGAAUUGGGGAACGAGUCGACAGAAAAUCCAGCCAUCCGUUUCCUCCUGCAGAGGGUGAUGGUUUGGCUCAACCAGGACGACAGGAAAGACACAGACUUCCUUGUGGACAUGGUGUUCAGUUCUUUGCACUGCUGCAGCUCGAAUGCAGAGCAGACUCUUGUCCUCAACCACAUCACCGUGGACUUAAAAUGGGGUGUUAUACUGCAGAUAAUCGAAAAGGCAUGUGCUGAUGCUGGGCAUUUGGAGGUGUGUGCAGGGUGGUUAAGAGGGGCUGUUUUAGGUGAGCGUGUGGUAAGACUGGCUGUUGAGCUGUGUGCUGUGGGGCUGAAAGGUUCUCCCUCUGCGUCGUCUGCCUUGGACCAAGAUAACCACAGCUGGCGCCUUAUUAGUCUAGCCCUAUCUCAGCAGCAUGAUGAUGAGUACCUGAUAGGAAAGGUAUAUGUAGAGCAGAUCAUCGAGCAGCUUCGUGCCACGCUGUCCAAGGCGAAGGGCAUGUCCGAUGCCGGCAAUAUGGAGCCCCUGGUCUCCUUCAUAUCCGACGUUGCCUUUAACUUCUUCUCAUCGUUAAAAGGCUGUCUCCUGCUGGCUGCUGCUGUGGAGCUGCUGCUCACCAUUUUCCAGCUUUGUGCUCAAGAUCAGAUGCUAACACACCUCUCGGACACUCUGCGGGAGAAGCUGAAACAUGCAUACACAGCUGGGGUUCACUCGUUGGUCACACACCUUGGGGCAAGUGUAACAAAGGGUACCAUCCUCCACAGUGCUGCAGUCUGGGUUAAAAACCAACUUCUCACGUCUUGUCUCAAUGUGAAAAGUCUGCAAGUUCUGGUACAGGCGGUACAGAGCUUAACUGACACUUUAGCUACAGCUCAGACAAGCGGCUGUCUGCUGUCCCAGUUCAUCUGCUGCCUUACUCCAACAAAUGAGGAGUGGGCCAAGCUCAGAGAAGCUCUCCCACCUCAGUGGGUGAAGCGGCCUUUGCUGUGUGGACCCUUUAAAACUAUUUGCAUGACUCCUGACAUGGAGGUGUGGAAAGUAAGGAACUUAAACACACUCCCUUCACACCUGUGUGCCAGUGCUCUGCUGGGGAAGAUCAUCUUCAGUGCAGUACCAGCCCAUGAGCAGCAGGAGGAGACAGACUCCUUUGAGCCUUCUGAUCCUGGGCACAGAGCUGCAGAAAUUCUCUACGCACUGCAGUGGUGUGAAGAGAUGGAACAUUGCCCUCCCUUGGUGUCUGACUAUCACAAAAUGCUUCAAGACGGGGACAUAGUUCAGAAAGUGCACUCAGACAGCUCUGGCGUUUUGGAAACUCUCUUCACAAGGUCACGAAAAGAGGGCGCCCUCUGGUCACUGACUUUGGCAAACUAUAUUCGGAAUAGCAAAUCGGUUGCCAGUCGCAUCAUGGGUCUCUAUGAUAAUGUGGAAAGUUUCUACCCUCUCUCAGAGCAGAACGUGAGCACUAUACAGGUGCUGUGUCCGUAUAUGACUACUACAGAGAGAGAAGCACUCAUCGCUCUGUCCAUUGCUGAAUUGCUCAACUGGCAGGAGAAAGAGCAAGACUGUGCACAAAGUGUUUGGGCUUGUCUAGCGGUGUUGGAUUGUUGCCUGCAGACUGCGACUCCUGUUGAAGAUGAGAUUCUGCUGGCUGUUAUAGCCACCAUGCUCGAGUGGCGCAACAGCAAAGAGGAAUGGUUUCUCUUUAACAGUGACCUGGGGAAAGCGACUGCUGCACAGCUGGCCCUGCCUGUAGAGAUGAUGCGUUUCCUGUCUUGGCUGGUGAACCAUUCCCCUACAGUCCUCGGCAGCACUCACUGGGACUUCCUACUCUGCUCCAUGCUGGCCUGGCUGGAGACUGCCAGUGAGAGCAGCAGAGCUUUCUGGAACCCUUGUGUGCAACAGUUUGUGCAGGCUAACUGCGAGCUGAUUGUCACACUGAAUGAGUUCUUCGCAGCACCACCUGCUGGUGUAAUGGAGCAGCUGCCUCCUGAUCUCAGCUCAGAAUGGCAGGAGUUCUUCAUGGAGGGAAUCCACAAUCUGCUGCUGCCUCUGCUCAUCAAGAUUCCCGUGGAGUUUUCAGAGCCAGAUGAAGCGACGUUCCCAGUGGUUGUGGUGGAGGCGGUGGGUGAAGCUCUCAGGCACAUUCCCAUCCAGCUUCUGAUACACAACACACUCCCAGCUCGGUUUGUUGCCGACCAGAAGAGCAACCUGCCUGAUGCCCUGCAGACGCUGCUGAACACACUCACGCCGCUGCUGCUGUUCAAGAGCCGGCCGCUGCAGCUGGCUGUCUACCACAUGCUGCACAAAAUAAUGCCUUCGCUUCCAGAAAGUGACAAUGAAAAUGCCAGCACCAAAUCUGAAGACGAAGACGAGGAAGAGCCGUCCUUGUCUCCGCCGGACGCAAUUAUGACUAUACUCACAGCUACAGAGGAGCUGGUGGACAAUAUUUUGGGUAGUGUACAAGUGGGCGAGUUUGCUGUUGUGCAUCCUCUCGGCAUGGAGCACUGUUGCAUCCUGGGAUAUCUGUUAGCCUGGAAACUUCUUCUGGUCUUCUUUAACGCUGCACCUUCCCAGCUGCGUGUUCAAUACUGCCUGCAUUUAAAGAAGACCCGUUCGCUGCAUAAGCUGCUGCCGCACCUAUUUCGACUCAUGCCGGAGAACCCAGCGCUGCCAGAAACAGCCAGCAGAGAGCCCAAAAGCUUCUUCACCGAGAGCCUGUCUCUCUCCCUGCAUCAGAAAGACAGCUUGCAGUCCGAGGUUCCGCAUUUGGCCUGCUCUGUGUACUACAGCGCUCUGAAGGACCUGCCUGCGAUGGUGCGUCUGUGGUGGAACAGUCAGGAGAAGCGUGUGGUUAGCAUCGUGGAUAAAUUUACCAGCAAGUAUGUGAGCAGUGUGCUAUCAGCACAGGAGAUUGCCUCGGUGCAGUCCAGCACGCAGACGUUCGACAGCAUGACGGUCAAAGCUCGCUCUGCCACAAGAGAAGUGAUAGCGACAUACUCAGUGGAUGAUAUUUUUAUUGAACUAGUGAUCCAGCUGCCCCAGAACUACCCUCUGGGCUCUAUUAUUGUGGAGAGUGGCCGUAGGGUCGGAGUCGCAGUGCAGCAGUGGCGCAACUGGAUGCUGCAGCUCAGCACCUACCUUACACACCAGAAUGGCAGUAUCAUGGAGGGUCUGGCUCUGUGGAAGAACAAUGUGGAUAAGCGUUUCGAGGGAGUGGAGGACUGCAUGAUCUGCUUUUCAGUCAUCCACGGAUCCAACUAUUCACUUCCUAAAAAAGCCUGUCGCACCUGUAAGAAGAAAUUCCACUCUGCUUGUCUGUAUAAGUGGUUCACAUCAAGCAACAAGUCCACAUGCCCCCUGUGUAGGGAGACCUUUUUCUAAACUCCAUCACGGACAGCUGAUUGAAUUGUGAACCUGGACGCAAUGGAGGGUAAAAAAAAAAGAGAGCGAGGAAACGAACUCAACCUAUCAAAUACAUUUGUAAAUAAAAAUUUAUACAUCAUAUUGCGUGGGAUAAAAGUUGUUUGGGCGGUGAAGCCCAUUUAAUGAUCAUGCAGGCACCUUUAUCUCCUCAUUGAGAAGAAUGAUGAUCAAGACCCAGUCAAAAUGCCAUGAAUGUGCUCAGAGGGACUGACACUGUAUCCAAGCUGUCUUUACCUUUUGAAUCCAUACAUUUGGAUUGGACCAGACUGCCUUGUUGUGUCUUGUUUAUUUUGUUUUGUCUCAUUCCUCAACUAUUAUGCCUACUUGCUGAUAUCCUGAUAAAGGUCCAGGACCGUAGCAUUUAAAAUAUAUAUAUAUAUAUAUAUAUUAAAAAUAGUCUUUAAUUUCAUACAUGAAGGGAAUAUUUUCAUGUUGUUUAAAUCCCUGUGCUGUUCUGAAUGAAACUGGCCUUUAUAUCAGAAUAUUGAGCGGUGCUGUUUUAGGGACCAUGCUGUGUAGACCCACCUCACUUUCUGAUUUGAGCUUAAAUGGUUAAAUCAUAUUUCUGUUUUCAUUUGCAUUUCACUCUUCCUUCCUACUAAUGUACAGAUUGUUAAUGCAAUCGGAGAGCAUAUUAAGUCAGACAUUUGCAAUGCUUUUAUCUUCUCCCUAAGGGUGCAAUAAAUUGAUUGUUAAUCAUAAUAACAGCACCGGUGUUAGGAGUAUUUAUCUUAUGUAUAAAUGCUACUUAAAAUCAUUCAUCUUCAGUAACAGGCUUUUGUCCUGGUGGAACUGGAGAAUAUCUCCGAAACACUGGGCACGAGGCGAGAAUAUACCUCGCGUACAUUCGUUCGCACCUAGAGACACUUUAGUGUAGCCAGUUCACCUACCAGCAUGAUUUUGACAGGAAACCCACACGGAUAUGGGGAGAAGGUGUGAAACUUUACACAGACUUCGUACAACAAAGAAAACGUGACAGUAAUGUAGCAAUAAUAACCAGCAUUGCAUGUUAUUUUACCCACUUGCAAGAAAUAUUGUCAUCUGGAAAUGUAUAUAAAAUACCCCGCAUUGCCAAACGUUUUGGGACGUCUGCCUUUACAUGCACAUGAAUGUAAUAUGGAGUUGGCCCGCCCCUUCAGCUUCAACUCUUCUGGGAAGACUUUCCACAAGAUUUAGGAGUGUGUUUAUGGGAAUUUUUGGUCAUUCCUCUCUAAAAGCGCAAGUGAGGUCAGGCACUGAUGUUGGACGAGAAGGUCUGGCUCUCAGUCUCCGCUCUAAUUCAUCCCAAAGGUGUUCUCUGGGGUUGAGGUCAAGACUCUGUGAAGUUCCUCCACACCAAACUCACUCAUCCAUGUCUUUAUGGACCUUGCUUUGUGCACUGGUGUGCAGUCAUGUUGGAACAGGAAGGGGUCGUCCCCAAACUGUUCCCACAAAGUUGGGAGCAUGAAAUUAGUCCAAAAUGUCUUGAUAUGAAGCUGAAGCAUUAAGAGUUCCUUUCACUGGAACUAAGGGUCCGAGCCCAACCCCUGAAAAACAACACCUGAAUUCAAUGAUUUGAAGGGGUGUCCCAAAACUUUUGGCUAUGUAAUGUAUAUGAUGAUUUAGACAAAAAAAAUUUUUUUGCUAUGGUUUAAAGCUAUGGAGGCCGUAAUAGGAAGAGUGCAUUAUGUUUUUGUCCCUCAGUGUAGACCAGGGAAUAGUGAGAGAUGACAAGAGUUUGUGAUCAAAUCACAGCCGAACAAUCUGCUGAAUGGUAAAUAUUUGAUAGAGGUCGUCAGUGAGGAUCUGUGUGCCGGAUAAACAAAUAAGAUAAAUAACAGCCUGUCCCUGUUUGCCCUGCUUGUAUCUAUUUACAAAAAGUUUUGUCUCUUAAACACGUUCAGCAUUUAGUUAAAUGUCCAAUCAAUGACCCUGACACUCUCGGUCAUUUCACAAUCCAUUGCUGUAUUGCUGAUCGCAAAUUGUACAAUUAGUGUAUUGGCUAUUUCUUUUCUUGUUACUGUCACAGUACUAUUCUGCUUCUGAUUACUGUUAUAUUGUCAACUUGAAUGUCUUUGUGAACCAAUUUUCAUGCCAUUCGAGUUUCCAUUUUCCAAUACCAUUUUAAAAUCUACUUUUAACAUUUAUCCUCAAUUAUGUUAUUCCAUAGUAGUAAAUGCUUUAUAAAUGACCUAAUUAACAUAAUGUGUCACUAAAUUUGACCAAGACAGGAAAGAAAAUCCCCAACAUACAAAGAAAUGUGUGUUAAAGAAAUUCAUGUGCCGAAUUGCUGUAUGUGAUCUAAAUAAAAGACAACAUUUGUCAA